AUGGCAAACAGGAAACAUCAAAGCACUACAGCCAGCAUGCUGGAUCACAGAGUGAGAGCUUGCCCUACUUCAUCUCACAACAGGGAGCCUGAAAAUGAAGAAAGUGACCUUCCUAUUGAAGAUUAUGCAGCAAAGGAGACGGAACUAGCAGCUAUCAGACAAGGCAGUCCUACACCUGUGGAACAUGAGUGCAAUGAUCAUAGUGGAGAUGGUGACUCCAGCUCUGACUAUGUGAAUAACACCUCUGAGGAGGAGGACUAUGACGAAGGCUUGCCAGAGGAAGAGGAGGGGAUCACAUACUACAUUAGAUACUGUCCGGAGGAUGAUAGUUACCUGGAAGGAAUGGACUGCAAUGGGGAGGAGUAUGCUCCCCAUGAGGAACACCAUGUUGAAACAGAUGAAUGUCAGGAAGCUGUGGAAGAAUGGGCUGAAGGUAAAAUUCAGCACCAAGAUGAAAAUGAGGUGACUGACAGGCAAGAGUGGCAGGAAGGUCAAGAUAAUGGCGUUCAGAUUUUGGAAGAUGAAGUGUCAUCUUUGGAGAUUCGAGAUCAAGAGGAAAACAUAGAGUAUUGUCAAAGUGAAGGUGGCUAUCCAGACUAUUACCCAGGAGAGGCUAAUGGAAACUCACAGGGAAUAUCGCCAUACCAUUCUAGAAAAGAGGAUGCAGAGCUGGAAGAGCAGGAAGAGGACAUUGACCAGAUUGUAGCCGAAAUAAAAAUGAGUAUGAGCAUGAGCAGUAUUAAUAGUACAACAGAAAUGAGUCCAGAACACACUGGGACUGAAAACAUGGCACAUGACUACAAAGAGACUUGUUCAAAAGGAGAAGCUGUUCACAGUGCUAACAGGCAUGAGGGAAGACCAAAAUCACUGAAUAUCCCAUCUGCCUCUAAGCACAGUGGAGAUGUGCCUAGAGGUUUUAAAGCAAAGUCAAGAACCCCGGAGGACAGACUGAAGUGGCAACAAGAGCAGAUGUGCAAUGGUUUAGAGCAGCCAAGGAAGCAACAGCGUUCAGAUCUCAAUGGACCAGUUGACAACAAUAAUUCAUCCGAGACAAAGAAAGUGUCUUCAUUUCCAAGUUUUGUUGAUGUUCCAGGACCGUGUGAACCUGAAGACCUCAUUGAUGGAAUCAUCUUUGCAGCCAAUUACCUGGGCUCUACACAGCUGCUUUCUGAGCGCAACCCUUCCAAGAACAUCAGAAUGAUGCAGGCCCAAGAGGCAGUGAGCCGUGUUAAGAGGAUGCAAAAGGCGGCUAAAAUCAAGAAAAAAGCGACUUCAGAGGGAGAUUCCCAGGCCUUGACUGAAGUGGAUCUGUUCAUCUCCACACAGAGAAUCAAAGUUUUAAAUGCAGACACACAG